CAGGUUUCGUCUCCAUCCCCCGUUAGUCGAUGAACGUCGGAGGGCGAUGAACACCCGGAGAAUCUGAGCGGACAAGGACAUCAGCCAACAUGAUUGAAGACCCGGGCGAGAUCGCCCAGAUGGCGAGCGAGUUUGUCUCGACCCUCGACAACCUGCCGUUGGAGGUGAAUCACAUCAUCAAGGAGAUCGAGCACAAGGAUCAAAAGGUUCAAGACAUGCUGCCGAAGAUUGCUGCGAGGGAAGCGCAGCUGAGAGAUCUUCUCGCGAGGGGCACUACGGCGGAGAAUGGAAGCAACGGCACAGCAACCUCCAAUGGGAGUGGCGCAACCCUUGUCAUGACGGAUGCCGACCGCCAAAAGGCGGACAAGCUCGUUGAGAAGAUCAAGCAUGAUUACCAGCGGGCAGACGAGUGGAAUGGCCAGAAAGAGGCAUUGGCAAAGGGGCUGUGGCGGUCCGUCUGCGCGCACCACAAGAGGCUGAGCAACGAGGUGGCGAGGAUCGCACCGCAUCUGAUCCAAGAGGCAGAGCAAUUCACUGGCCUAGCGAAUGGGACCGGAUCAGCUGCAGCGCUCAGUCUGCCUUCGCUGGCGUCGCUUCCGGCUGCGCUGGCAGGUCUCAAGAGCCCUGGUGGCGAGAUGACACCCACAAUUGGUACAAAGCGCAAGGCGCCACCGGGCGCACUGACGCCGACCGGUGGGAUUCGCGGCGAGUCGGCGCCUCGUUCCACCCGACCUCCUUCGGCGGACCGCUCGACACCUAUGGCAGCAGCCUCUCCUCUCGGUGCUGGCGCCACAGGGUCGACGUCGCUGAAGAAGCAAGUCGGUCGACCGAGGCAGUCGGGCCUUUCUAAUCUUGCUGCCUCCUCAUCGAGCCCCCUAGGCAGCGGCUCGAUGGCACUGGCUGCCUCUUCGGGCGGCCCGCACGGCGCCAUGGGCCCCAGCAGCGACCGACCCGAUGCCGAGGGCGAAGAGGGUGGCGAGGAAAAGGACGAGACGCUGUACUGCCACUGCCAGCGCGUCUCGUUUGGCGAGAUGAUUGGGUGCGACUCGGACGAAUGUCCCUACGAGUGGUUCCAUCUCUCCUGCGUGGGUCUCAGCAAGCCAUUGCCACAAACGUGGUACUGCCCCGACUGCAAAGAGAGAAUGGAAAAGGAAAAGGCGGAAAAGAGCAUCAAGAAGAGGAAGCGGCAGUCUAUGGGCGCUUGAGCAAUCUUGGAGCGCAUUUCCUCUUUUUUUUCACUGUAUUUGUAGUGUCCUAAUCUUCUUUACGCUGUAUGUCAUGUCACGACCGUCAAGAGAGC